ACAGCAUAGCCAGUGAUAAGAUUUUAUACGAUAAAGUUUCGGAUUAGGUUUUACUUUCAUUCGCAGGGCAGCGUGGAAAAAUACGAAAAAUUCUUGAAACUACGAGCUCAUUUUUGAGCCCUCGGACAGAAACAAUCAGAUAUGGCAGCGUGCGAGACAUGUCUAAAAUACACGAUAUUCUCAUGCCUGGCGCAACUAAUCAGCGCUUAUUUAGUUCCGUACACUCUUGGCGGCACAACGAUCAUGAUAGACGCGUCAGAGUUGCCCGCUAUGCCUAGCCCACUGCUCAAGCAUGUCAUGCGCGGCCUAGAUCAGCGGCUCGAGGAACCAGGAGUUUCUAGUAUGGUUCAUACAAUCCAGCCAGCCUCGAGGCCUGUGAAGCUUCCACCACCGGAACCCCUGGAUAUUGGAGUGAACAAUUAUAAAUUUAGAACUGGGCUGCCAGACAUGUCGAAUCCGGACACGGGUGUCAGCCACGAGAGAUACACGCAUCCAUUCGAACAGUGGGACACUCCUCCGGUUAUGUCUAAUGGUUUCCAAAUGACCGAGGAUGGUCUGGUGCACCUUGAUAUUAUUAACCGGGAUUUUGACACGAAUAGAAUUGAUGCAGCAAGCAUGAGAGACUCUCAAGCUAGUGAAAUGAAUUCUUACAACAAACUAAAUAUGCCCACGACAGAAUCACCUCCCGACUUGAACCCACUGACAGUGAAGCCAGUCAUUCAUGGCAGUACGGGAACAGUACAUGUUAAUAAUGAGUACUCGGGAGUGUCUGUGAAGCAUCUCAUCACAGGUCAUUUGAAUCCAGCAGUUGCAGAAGGUUUAAUAGAAAUGCACGUGAACCCAGAACCUGUCUUUGAAAAAUUUGAUCAGACCAGAAAAGAUCAUGACAAUAUGACAUCCGAUGUUGGCGCUGAAGUAGGUGCUUUCACCGACACGCUGAAACCGAAAGAUUCUGAUAGUCUUACACGAAAACAUGACCUUCAGAGUUCCUCUUUACCAGAGAAUGAACAACUCCUUCGCGAGGAUAAUAAUUCGACUGUUGACUCGAUCCAGAAAAGGUUUGCUGAUUACUCAACUGACAGCGAUAUCGUAAGUGACUUGUUAUCUAUGCCUGGGAACACGAUGUCAGGCACCGGGUUGAGGCAAAUGGAACCUUCGAUAUCCACAGAUGAUACACGUAUAAAAUCUAUACCGUCAUCUGAUUUUCGGAGCUCUGACAUUGGUACAGACUCGCGUCCUACUAGUGAUGCCUUCAUUAAUCGCAAGUUGAGUGCAUUUGAACGCGUUUUCGUGGAGCCUGACUCAACAACAUUUGUGUCAGGGGAUGAUGCAAGUCCGAACGUCGCAGCCGAGCUCUCGAAGCGACCAAGGCGUCCCAUGUCCAGCACUCACCAGGAAGCAGUCAAGGCUCUCGAACAGCUGAGACUGAAAAACAACAUUCAAAACAUCGUAAAAACUUUAAGCAGCGACGCUGCAGAUGCUACGUUCGGACAACAGAGUGACAGAUUUCAGUCACAAAAUACGGACUCUGACACAACAUCCAAUUUGGGCGGGGACAGUUCAAUGACAGCCAGCAGGCCCAACUUAUUCACCUCGCUUGUGAAGAAUUCAAACCUAGGAAAUCUGGCCUCGUUCGCAUUAAUAAAAUCGAGUGCCGCUAAUUCUGGACCGACCCUUGAGAAGUUAACUCCAAUACUAGCACUCACGUUAAACGAUGUCCAAAACUCGAAAGUUAAUGCGUUUCAUGGCACAAAAGAUGCAUCACACGUGGGUGUGGUGCCACCUAAUGAUGCACUGGGUACAUCAUCAACGAUGCUGCAAGGCAACGCGGCUCACACAGCUGCUCAGGCGCCGGCUCUGGCAGGGGAUAUGGAGCAAGUGACGCCCGGAGAGAGCAGCGCAGAUUACUCGCAGCUGCUCAUCAACAUAGGCGGUAGCCUGCAUGCUGCAACGGAAGACAUCUUCAGGAAAGAUUCGUGCAGAUGCGGAAUCCAACUCAGCCGAAAAAUCGUGGGAGGUGACGUUACGAAGAUCUCCGAGUUUCCUUGGAUGGUUGGGCUGGCAUCGAGCAAAACUAACUUCGUCUUCUGCGGCGGCUCGCUCAUCACUGACCGACAUGUCAUCACGGCAGCGCAUUGCGUGUAUAAUUACGCUCUGGACCCAUCGACUAUGUAUGUACGCGGGGGCAUCGGAGAUCGGGACGACGGAACUGAUGUUCCAAUUCGUAUGGAGAUUAAAGCCAUCAGGGUGCAUACUAAAUAUUCUGAAUUUGACACCGAAUACGACAUCGCGAUCAUCGCUCUGCAGUCACCAGUCCAGUUCUCAGCCAAAUUGUUGCCCGUGUGCCUGCCCACCGAUCCCGAGCCAGCCGACGUAUUCGCAAGCGGAGUUGUAGCAGGCUGGGGACGAACAGAAGAUUUAGGAAAUUUCCCCAAAACUCUACAGAAAGCAAACGUGGAUCUAAUGACAUCUCAAGAGUGUCGUAAGAACUCCGACUAUUCCUCCAACAGCAUCACCAACAGAAUUAUUUGUGCCAGAUCUCCAGGCAAAGACGCGUGCCAAGGAGACAGCGGUGGUCCGCUGAUGGUCAACAAAGACGGGGCCAUAGAGGCAAUAGGCAUCGUGUCGUGGGGCGUGGGCUGCGCUGAUGAACGUUACCCGGGCAUCUACACGAAGAUCUACUCAUACAGGACUUGGAUUAAGGCCAUGACCAUAACGGGGACACAGUGCAGGGCCGAUCGCGUCGCCGUGAGAAUCGAAACGCACGAUGCCGGGGAACGCCGGGACCAUAACAUAUUCAACAUCCAGGCAACUGACAGCGUAGGGCUGCGCACGGCCGUGAGGUCCGGUGAACGUUUUAACCACAGGUAUAGGAUUCAACUGGAACCCGAGGAUUACUUUUACGACAGUACCAGUAGCCAGGCCGAUCAGAUGUACGCCAGUGAAAGUAGGGUAAUCUUGGAAGAACAACGAGUCGCAGAACUUAAACCUUUAGAAACUAGUGAUGAUUUAAUAAGAACCGAUCAGCAAAAUAUUAGCUCUCACCUUAAUUUUAAAGAAACUCCAACAGAAGAAAAGGACGUCAUAAGUAUUCAGUCAAACGACGGUUUGCCUGAUGAAGGCCACUUUCAUUUUUCUGCGAAACAUGCGUCAGCAGAAAAUGCCCGUCAGUUCCCAGGGAAAGAAAAAAAAGGGGAUGAUGGUAUAUUAUUAACGGAAGGUGAAGAAGUUUCGCCAUACGUGUCCACUUCUCGAGCUGGAAUUGUUUAUGACGACGAUGACGAUCUCGCGGAUGUCCUGAAACUCCUUAACGAUGAGCUGAACGAGGAUGAAGAAAUUUCCAUUCUUGAAACGCUAGUCCCAACUUUCGAAUCUAACAACGACGAGGAUUUCGAAGAUCCAAUUGAACAACGGUCACCCGUGGAGAUCAGUAAUGAUGUAAAAGUUCUUGAAAAGCAUACAGGAACUGGUUUCAAUCUGCAACUCGAUGCAACAGCAAACCCGCCUACGUCGAAUACGCCUGUUGAUUACACGACACCUGCUGAUGAAGAAGUUUAUAACUUAAAUACUACGGAAUCGCCUGAUUAUGAUAAAAUUACAUCUCUUGUACAGUCUGAAAGUUUCACUUCAUCUUCCAUAUCUGAAUCAAGAGUUCAAGAAGUUUCAACGGCCGAGCGGCAUUCAGAAGACCAUACUGAGGUAAGCAGAGUACCUGAACCCGAAACUUCAACGGUAAUAGAACAUGAUGUGAAUAACAGCUCAAAUGAUCAAAAUUCGUCCAAGCGCAUGAGCACUUUCAUACAAGGACACAAAGAAAACAGAGCAGCCGCGGAAAAUGAGGCUAAUCACGUCAAACUGGACAAGGUAAAACUUAUGUCUAACCAGGAAACUCAAAAUCGGUUCAAUAUCGAAAGCGACUUUGGCGGAGACCAGGACGGCGUAGAUAGGAUAGUAGAAGAUUUAGUUUCAGUCGCUGGCGAAGUCACCGAUGCCCCUUCCGUCCAGGUCAAGGCUGGCCAACAAACAUUCGGCCAAAGUUAUAAUCACAGCAGCUCUGAUUCUUCGCUCAUCACAAUUUUUGACGUGCUAGGCCAAGCUGUUACUGCGUCGGGGAAUAAAACUCGUCAAGGAAUCGACGAAAUAGAAGCUCUAGUUCAGAAUUUGGGGCCAGAUAAACUAUAUUUCGAAACGGGUUUUGAUUCAAAUUUUGAUAUAAAGGACAAUGCGGCCCUUUCAAAGCAAGACGAAAGGUUAGUUGAAUUGACGACGACAGACGGGAGACAGAUCAAGUAUGCAAAUGAAAUGAAUGGCAAAAAGGGCCCAGUUCGACUGGCCAGCAGCAGUGACCAGAUAGAAAAUUUUGACGGUAAUCUCGCGCUGGCAUUGCUCGACUUACAGGAAGAAUUUCUACCAAGCCGAACACGUGUGUCUGGAAAAAAUGGAAGCUCUGACAAAUCGGGAACCGAAAACAACACGCUAAAAUUAGGGGAAUAUGUCAUUCAAAUUACGAGGCCUAAUUUCCUCAACCUAUCGUCAAAUUUCUAUAACAAUUCACGGAUCAAUGCUGAAUUGGAUGAAGAACAAACAUCUGCCACGAAUAAUAUAGUAGGCGAGGGAAAUGUUCAAAGGAACGUCAGUCAUUUAGAUAUUGAAGAUUCGGUUAAUUCGAAAUCUAUUUACAACAGUGAAAUUUCGUCUAGAGAUGCUCCAUCCAACGAUUCCUACAUAAUUCUGAAAAAUUUCAUCAUUGGAAGACCUGGGUAUAAUUUCAUCUUCAACUUCCAAGACAUCGACAACAAGACGACAAGCGUACCGACAGAAAAGCCACAGCCAACUUCUGACGGAGUGAUCACAAUAGUUUUAAGAAAUUUCACAAUCGGGAGACCAGGAUAUAAUUUCACUCUGGACUUCGAUGACAUCGACAACAUUACCGCAAGUGAACUAUCUGAGCAGCAUGUUCAAGAUUCAGGUGUCCUGAGCAGCAUCGUGCUGAAAAAUUUUACAAUUGGAAAACCAGGGUACAAUUUUUCUUUGGAUUUUGAUGACAUCGGGAAUACUACUUCAAGUGAAUGGACGAAACAAACUGACACAAAUUUUGACGGCAUUUCUGCUAACGAGACGGAAAAAGUUACUAGUGAAUGGUCAGCGCACAAUUUCACCGCUGGCUUCUUUGGAAUUGACAACACAACUGAGAAGGCGCCAUACGAACCGCCCGGUAACAAUUCUGCCGAGAUGCUUACAAUUAUUUUAAAAAAAUUUACGAUCGGAAGACCAGGGUACAACUUUUCAUUAGAUUUCAGUGACAUUGAAAACACGACGGCAUCAACAUUAGCAGAACAAAUUCGGGGAAAUUCCAACAGUGACAUCACUCUCGUUCUAAGAAAUCUCACGAUAGGUCACAAUUUCACACAGGACUUAGAUGAUUUAACUCCAAGUAGUAGCGAUGCAACGGGACUCUUUCAUGAAGAAGCAAAAAUAGGAGGUUCCCAAAAUGAAAGCUUGAUCGAUCGCCACGCAGACAAGGUCAUCGGAGAGAAGGGGAAAAUUCCAAUUAUUCGACAGAAAGGAGCGAAGAUAAGAGAUAACAUGAUCCUAUUGUUCACAAGAGAUGCUGGACCAGACCUCUUGUUCAAAGAGUACCACAGUAAACUUUUCUCCAGCAACAAAGACGACAAUAGCACACUACCUAGAGACUCAAAUGCCACCGUCAAUCCUAACAAACACUCGGAAGAAGAAAAGGAAAAUUCGGUGGGUGUAUCGAAGGUUGAUGGGCUUACUGACGAGAUAGCAGGCUCUGAAACAGUCAACAAGACCUCGACCAAAGAAGCAAGUAAAGGGGAAAAUACCAGGAAAUCUUCCAAUACAUCAGCAACGCAACAUACGAUGGGAAACGUGGAGCGUCUCAGGACAAUUCAGAAAAGAAUAGCAUCGAUUCAGAGUCAAGAAAAACCCGAAGAAGAUGACUCUUUGUUCGGGAUACUUCAAAGAAACUUUCUGCAAACGCUGUCCUCAGCCACCACGCCUCGGCGACGAAUAAACGACAAAAUGAGAUCGCAGAUGAAGCCAGAAGAUGACCUGAACGAUGCCCUGGCCAAAAUAUUUUCGCAUGAUGCCGAUUACAAUGAAGAGACAGAUCACAUUCGCUGAAGGUUUUGGAACAAUAUGAACAAAAAGUUUAUUACAUUGUUCUUUAAUAAUUUAUUUAUUUAUUUUAUCUAUAUGACAUUAUACUGGGAAAGUUUCUCUGGUUUCACUA